AUGAUGGGAGAACAUUUCAUGUGCAUGCGAUUCCUGUUGAGAGGAGCGGGGGUCAAAUCAAGGCCUCUUUGGCUCGUAACGUCAUGUAGCAGUUUAACUCUAAAUGAGCCGCAUGCGAAAAUCGGUCUUGGCGUCACGCUAAGAAUGAGCAUCGAAAAGAUCUAG